AUGUCCAACGUCGCGUCCCAGAACCGUUUUGCCUACCUCGGCAACGACAGCGACGGUGAGGAGAAGCCCGUCGUCCCUGUCAAGACCGUCGACAAGGCCACCGCGCGCACGACCAAGCGCAACGUCGAGCCCCAGGCCCCCGCUGCUCCGGCCCGCGGCACCGGCAACCGCCGCGGCGGUCCCCGUGGUAACGAGGGUGCCUUCCGCGACCGUGCCGCUGGCAGCGAGCGCAACCAGGGCCGCUCCACCGAGGAGGCUGGCCGUGACGGCCCCCGUGGCGGCUACGGCGCGCGCGUCCGUGGCGGCCGUGGCUCCCGCCGCCCUCGCGAGUUCGAUGACCGACACCCUAACCGGGCUGGCGCUCAUGGUAGCGGCUCCGACAAGCAGGCUGCCCAGUCGUGGGGCGCCGCUGAGGGCGAUGCCGAGCUGAAGGACGAGCAGGCCGGUGAGGCCAUCGCUAAGACCGAGAAGGCCGAGGCUCUCGCCGAGGACGCUGCCGGCGAGGAGGCCGCCGAGCCCGAGGAUAAGAGCAUCUCGUACGAGGCGUACCUUGCCCAGCAGCAGGAGAAGCGUGCCGCUCUCAGCGGCGACUUCAAGGUCCGCGAGGCCAACGAGGGCAGCAAGCUCGACAAGAAGUGGGCCGGCGCCAAGACCCUCGAGAAGGAGGAAGAGGACUUCGUGCCCGCCAGCGGCGGCAAGAAGCAGCGCGAGCGCGAGCGCAAGGUCAAGCAGACCGUUGACUUCGACCCUCGCUUCGUCGAGCCCGAGCGAACCCGCGGCGGAGCUCGCGGCGGCCGAGGCGGACGUGGUGGACGCGGUGGUGAGCGCGGCGGCGACCGCGGCCGUGGAGGCAACUUCCGCGGCGGCCGUGGUGGUGCCCGCGACGGCGCUGCUCCCAUCAACACUAAGGAUGAGUCCGCCUUCCCCACCCUCGGCGGCAAAUAA